GCACGUGUGUGGCGAAUGGCCUCAAGAAUCCCUGACUGCGCGAAUGCCUCGACAUUGCACGUAUAUAAUUCUGCAGCCUCACUCCACAGCAGCAGAGCUGAGAGAGAGGAAGGAGUUCUCUCUCUCUCCGCCUUCUCUCUUUUCAUCGCAGGCAAUCGAAGAAGCGAAUUAUUCUACACCUGGAUUUCUAGGUCCAUUUUUACUCUGUCCCACGAGUUGGAUAUGGACCAGUAUGAGAAGGUGGAGAAGAUUGGAGAAGGAACUUAUGGUGUUGUCUACAAGGCACGUGACCGUACAACCAAUGAGACGAUAGCUCUCAAGAAGAUCCGCUUGGAGCAGGAAGAUGAGGGAGUUCCAAGCACAGCCAUUAGAGAGAUUUCCCUUUUGAAGGAAAUGCAGCAUGGCAAUAUAGUCAGGUUGCAAGAUGUAGUGCACAGUGAGAAGCGCUUGUAUUUGGUUUUUGAGUAUCUGGAUCUGGAUUUGAAGAAGCACAUGGAUUCUUGUCCAGAUUUUGCCAAGAAUCCACGCUUAAUAAAAACGUUUCUGUAUCAGAUUCUUCGUGGUAUUGCCUACUGCCAUUCUCAUAGGGUUCUUCACCGAGAUUUGAAACCUCAGAAUUUGCUGAUAGAUCGCCGCACUAAUGCGCUGAAGCUUGCAGACUUUGGACUAGCCAGAGCAUUUGGUAUUCCUGUCCGGACAUUCACUCAUGAGGUGGUUACACUGUGGUACAGGGCACCAGAAAUCCUCCUUGGAUCCCGACAUUACUCUACUCCUGUUGAUGUGUGGUCAGUGGGUUGUAUUUUUGCUGAAAUGGUGAACCAGCGGCCUCUGUUCCCUGGGGAUUCUGAAAUUGAUGAAUUAUUCAAGAUCUUCAGAGUUAUGGGUACGCCGAAUGAUGAAACGUGGCCCGGGGUGACGUCCUUGCCUGAUUUCAAGUCUUCCUUUCCCAAGUGGCCUCCCAAGGAUUUGGCAACUGUGGUUCCAGAUCUUGAACCAGCAGGAAUCGAUCUUCUUUCUAAAAUGCUCUGCUUGGAACCGAGCAGAAGAAUCACAGCCCGGAAUGCACUUGAGCAUGAAUAUUUCAAGGAUCUUGGGUUGGUACCAUGACUCUCUCUCUCUCUCUCUCUCUCUCUCUCUCUGUAUUAUAUACCUCAUGGGUUUGAAUGUGUGGUUUUGUUUUGUUUUGUUUUCAUUUUUCGGUUGUGGUUUCUGAACUGGUUUGAAUGAGAACCAGUGCUUGGGUUUUGCCUCAGUUCAGAUUACUAGGGGAGGGAAUUCUCUUCUUGAGGAAGAUACUGUACAGCUUCCAUAUUAAGAUUGUUUUGAGUGAAACUUCUCUGCUUUCAUGCUUCAUGAAAUGGAAUACUUAUCAUGCUUUCAUGCUUUAA